AUGAAGUUUUCCGCUAUCACGCUUUUGCCGGCGCUGGCUUCGGCCGCAUACUUUGCUGAAGAAGAGUAUCGAUCUGGAGCUGUUAUGCAAAGCAUGAUGGAGCGCAAGGAGGCGUCGUGGGCCUCUCAGCGAGCUGCCGGCAAGUUCAUCAGCAAGAAGUGGAGCGGAUUCCUUCCAAAGAAGGUCAGCUGCAAGAACGGACUCGCGGUUGCCAAGAAAGGAGACCCGCUGCAGACCUUCAAAUGUAACGGCAUCGACAUGUACGACUUCAAGUCUCAUGAAGAGCUUGGCAGCCCAACCGGAGAGGGCUCCGGCUCAUGGGGUUGGCAAUACGGCGGACGCGAGUUCAUAGCUCUCGGACAAUCAGACGGUACCGCCUUCGCGGAGGUCACCAAGCUCGGCAAGCUCGUCUACCUCGGACGACUCCCCCAGCAAUCAACACCCGUCAUCUGGCGAGAGAUCAAAGUCAACGGCAACUAUCUCGUUGUUGGGAGCGAAGCGGUCGACCACGGUAUUCAAAUUUUCGAUAUGCGAAAGUUGUUGACUGUCAGCCCACUCCGGCCAAAGACUUUCUCGACCACGACCGACCUUACCGGACUAUUCACUGACCUCCCUGUCGGACGCUCGCACAAUGUUGUCGUCAACGAGGAGUUAGGCUAUGCCGUUGCAGUGGGCGCCGCCCCUCGAAACUCCUCCUGUGCUGGUGGACUCAUCUUCAUCGACAUGAAUGACCCUACCAAACCAACAUCGCCUGGAUGUGCGCCGCAGGACGGCUAUGUCCACGAUGCGCAAUGCUUGGUUUACCGAGGACCCGACAAAAAGUACUACGGACGUGACAUCUGCUAUGGAUACAACGAAGACACCCUCACCAUUUAUGAUGUGACGAACAAGACCGGCCCACAGGCAGCAAAGAUCAUUUCCCGCACUCCCUACGUCGGUGCAACAUAUACCCACCAAGGCUGGGUCAACAACCCUCAAUGGCAGACCCGUUUGAUCAUGGAUGACGAGAUUGAUGAGGAGGAAAUGGCUGGUCCUGCCGCUGACCAGUUCCCUGUCAGCUACAUCUGGGACAUUGAGUCGUUGGAGAACCCAAUCAACACUGGAUUCUACAAGACCUCUGUUCGCGGCAUCGACCACAACCAGUACAUUUACGACGGACUCGCUUACCAAUCAAACUACGGUGCCGGACUACGUAUUCUUGACGUCAGCAGCCUCGACGAGGAUCCCACCGGAAAGUCCGUGGAGGAAGUUGCCUUCUUCGACAUUUAUCCCGAGGACGAUAACCUUCCCGGAGGCGGUAUUGUCGACUAUGUUGGUACUUGGUCCCACUACACUUUCCCAUCAGGCUGGAUUGUUGUAAACACCAUUGAGCGUGGAGCGUUCCUUGUGCGCAUGAGCAAGUUUAAGCUGAGAGGCUUUGGAAAGCGUCACGUUAACCGCGCUUAG